AUGUCAGGAGAGAAUUUAAAGAUGAUACAUCAUAACACACCACAUUUUAAUGGCGCUGGCGGCAAAGUAAAACGAUCUCCUACUGCAGUUUUUACAAACAAAGGAAUAAAUGCCUCUAAGAUUAAAAAAGACAAUCAUAAACACAAUGUACAUUUUGAACAUUCAAAUGGGGAUAAAAAAAAGUUGAAUGGAUCUAAAGAACAUCAUAAUAAAGGCAAUCAUCAUGAAUGCAUAAAAUCUAAUAAUGAGCCCAAUAAUGUUACAGAAGAUCCUAUAAAUCAUCAUAUUGUGGUGCAUAGUGAUCACAAAGAGUCUGAACAAAGUAGUCAAAAAAAAGUUAAUGAAGAAAAUUCACAUACAAAGAAAUCUAAGAAAUCUUUUACAAAAAUACAAAGAUUUCAAAUGGCCUUCCUAGGAAGUCUUGUGGCAGCUAAUGUAGUUGUCUUUACUGCGGCAUUUUGUUUACCAGUAUCUUAUUUCCCUAUAUAA